AACAGUAUAUUUAAAUAUACAAGUCAGCUGAGUUGACUCCAAGCACUACUAUAUUGUCUAAAAAUCCUGUCUAGGUAGUCAGCUGACUUGUUUUUGAAACACAGUCAGCUUCGAGAACCGGUCCAUCCGUAAAUGCGUCCUUCCGAGGAGGAAUGAUUAGACUGGUGCGUAUUCAUCUCAUGCGUUCGUCUCUGAUUCAUAUUGGUCCAGCUCGACAUCCUGACACGCAAACCGUUUUUAAUAUCCUUUAAACCGAGAGCAGACUUUCAUCAGUUUAGUCGACCGUGGUUUAUCGGGGUUUGAUCAGCGCUAUGGCGGAGAUGCAAAGGACGUCGAGUGAGACGAUAACGGAGACCGUUCAGACGGGCACACCGCCUCCACCCCAGCAGGAGGGCAGAAGCCUGACCAUCAAGCUCAGGAAAAGGAAGACGGAGAAGAAAGUGGAGUGGUCCAGUGACACGGUGGACAAUGAGCAUCUGGGCCGGAGGUCUUCAAAGUGUUGCUGUGUUUACCAGAAGCCUCGACAGUUCGGCGAGUCUUCCUCGGAAAGCGAGGGUGAUGAUGAGGACGGUUGCGGAAGUGCGCACUGCAUUCUGGGACACGGGAGAAGAGGCGAUGGACAGAGGGAGGGUGGAGGGAACACAGCGCCCCCUAGCUCUGGGGGAACAAACCCUCACUAGUAGUUAAGGGCGAGUCGGUUUGGAGGAAGGGUAAUGGACGGCGUGGGCACUACAUUCAUAAUCCCUCACUCACAUCUGAUUACAUCACACCAUCACUGAGUGUCAAAGGCUUUUUGAUGAUUGAAAGCUUGUAGAGCAUUGCAAUGUGAUUCGUUUUCUCCUCCGUCAUUAGUUUGAUGACCAGGAGAAGACGAUCUGAAUGCUUUUUGCGAUCUGAAUGCUGCAGAAAAUUUGUUGUACAUAGGAUAUUGGUUUUUAAUUCUUUUGUUAAAUCUAUAUUUAUUUGUUUGCGUUUAACAACUUGAUCUUAUCAGUUUUGAGUCCACCAUCAAUAUAUUAAUGGAUUAAAAUAUGAUUCAGGAGGGUAAUACCUUUUUAGUUUGAAUCAAGCGGAUUUUAAAGGAAUAAACGCAGUAUAAAAACAGA